AUGAUUAGUGAUCUCAGAUGCUAAAAUGUAGGCCAUGAAAAUGAAAAAAUACAUGGAGUCUGUACUGAUCCAGAUUGUUAACAAAAGAGACCUUUUUGUAUUGGUUGUAAAUUUGAAUUACAUUCAACACAUACAACUUAAUUAAGAAAAUUUGAUGAUUUGAAUAAUUGGAUUAAUGAAAAUAACACAAUAACAAAGAACUUACAGAAACUUUUAGAAUAAUUAAAUGAAAUUGUAUAUUCAAUAAAAAAAUCGAUUGAGACUACAUAAUAGUGUCAUAAUUUUAAUUUUACUCAAAUGAAUUACGCUACUUUAGACAAUACUAUAAAUAAUUUGAUAAAAUCUUGGAAGAGUUAAAACGAGAUUUAUUACCUUGUAGAAAAAAUGAUAUAAUCAUCAAUUACUUAAACAACAAUAUAAAGCAUAAAUGCUUGUUUAAACAAUUAACCAAGUAUAUUUAAUAUUAUAAAUAGAUCGAUUAUUUAAUACAUUAACAAAAUAACCAGAAAAUUAAUAAAAUUAUAGAUAAUUUAUAAUUUAAAACAAUAAUUAACCAUAAACUUCUUAAAUUCCUUAACAAAAUUAACUCUUAAUUUAGAAUAACAUGAAAAAUCCAUGUAUUCAAAAUUAAGAUAAAAAUAAUAUAUAAUAAUUCAAAUAGGAUGGUUCUAAAUUAAUAAUUAAUUUUAAUAAUCAAAAAGAAGGACAGGCAUAAAAAAUUUAAUUAAAUACCAUUUAAAAGUAGAAUCCAAUCAAUAAUUAAUUUCCAAAUAGAUUCUAAUGA